AACAAUGCCACAUGCGGAUUGCGGAACACAUGUACGCACAACUUUAUCCAAAAUGAUGCUGCUUUAAUUUAAUCAAUUAUCUACGCCCAAAUGAUCUAUUUCGAUGGUCUUCUUGCAGACGAGUGCAGCAAACGACUGGUAACGUGUGCAUCAACUAUCAGAAGGAACAUAAACUAAGAAAGAAACAACGUCGCGCGCACGCGAGGACGCGCAUUGAUACUAAAUCCGCUAGAUUACCAAACACAUACCGAGGAAGGAUGAAUGCUUCAACGCGUGGAGAAUUAAGAGCUAUCUUGGAUAUGACUUGGCUCUUAGUGGAAACUUUUUAAGGAUUUUACUCCUUGGAACUGUUUGAAAGACAUUCGUUGUACUUCUAAUUUGGUUGAGAAAGGAACCCCGCGGGGCCAGUGGGUCGUCGCACUGAAUAGGAACAAAAACGACAUUCGAACUGCUUUGGACAAAAUUGAAUGUGCUGUUCGUAUGGAUUGUUUUUUAAUGUCGGGGCGAAUCCAGGAGAAUUUACACCAUUUGGAUGACACGAGUGACCUACAAUGUACAAAAGAACACUGAAUUCUCUGGACUGGUCAAUCGAGAGUCGUAGGCUAAGCUAGGUUUGGACUAUUAUCAAGCUGCGGCAACUGACUUUUUAUAUAAACUCCACACUUCUCUGUUUUAUAUAUGUAACUACAAGGAAAUAGAUUGAUAUAACCGAAAAGUACUUAUGCUUCAACAUGUCAUUCUUUAACAUCCGUAAAAUAUUUAAACUGGGGUCUGAGAAGAAGAAGAAACAAUACGAGCAUGUCCGAAGAGAUGAGAACCCAGAGGAGGUAUGGACCAUCAUCGGCGAAUUGGGAGAUGGAGCCUUUGGGAAAGUGUUCAAGGCUCAAAAUAAACAGACAGGUGUGCUUGCCGCUGCCAAAGUUAUUGACACAAAGACUGAAGAAGAGUUGGAGGACUACAUGGUAGAGAUCGACAUCUUGGCUUCAUGUGAUCACCCAAAUAUUGUCAAGCUGCUUGACGCUUUCUAUUUUGAGGGCAAACUCUGGAUUCUGAUUGAGUUCUGUGCAGGAGGUGCUGUAGAUGCUGUCAUGUUAGAACUGGAAAGACCCCUGACAGAACCACAGAUUAAAGUGGUGUGCCGGCAGACUCUGCAGGCCCUUGUCUACCUCCAUGACAUUAAAAUUAUCCACAGAGACCUAAAGGCUGGUAACAUCCUGCUCACUCUGGACGGUGAUGUUAAACUAGCUGACUUUGGUGUAUCGGCUAGAAACACCAAAACAAUGCAGAGGAGGGACUCCUUCAUUGGGACACCCUAUUGGAUGGCCCCUGAAGUAGUCAUGUGUGAGACAUCUAAGGACCGUCCAUAUGACUACAAAGCCGAUAUCUGGUCACUCGGUGUCACUCUAAUUGAGCUGGCACAAAUUGAGCCACCCAAUCAUGAGAUGAACCCCAUGAGAGUCCUUCUGAAAAUAGCCAAAUCAGACCCUCCUACGCUGAUGCAGCCAUCACGCUGGUCCUCAGAAUUCAAUGAUUUCCUAAAGCGUUGUUUGGAUAAAAAUGUGGAUAACAGAUGGAGUGCAGCACAACUUUUACAGCAUUCAUUUGUGUCCAGUGUGACUGGCAGCAAGCCUCUGAGAGAGCUAAUAGCUGAAGCCAAGGCUGAGGUGACCGAGGAGAUUGAAGAACACAAAGAAGAAGAGGAAGAAGAAGAAACCGAAGUUAAUAUGGGCCAUAAACGUGCUCCCUCUGAUGUCAGUGUUGCCAGCUCUGAGGAUGAGAAAAUUCCACUGUCGCCCAGCUUCUUGGAAUCUGUCCCUGAGAAGGGUGAACAACAUCUCCCCAUUGCUACACCUAAUGAGGUCCCCGCACCUAACCACAUAUUGGUCACUAGCUUUGCCGAAGAGUCCACUAACCCUAAAGCCGCAGAGCAAACUAGAGAAAAGCAGCAGGUGACAGUGGAAGGAACAAAGGUGAUAGAACCAGGCAGGCCUGUGUCAAACCAACCUGCAAAGGAGACGGAAAAGCUUGAAAGCAGCUCUGCAAAUGAAAAGGAAGUUGAUGCCACUGAGGCUCUAACCAAUCCAGAGCCCACUACAGAGAUUCCAAAAGAUUUGGCCAACACACAUGAGGACUCAGACAAGCAUGUUAAGGUAACGUUAACAAAUGAGAAUGAAGAUGGAGAGAAGUCUACAGUAGAGAUGAAAACCGUAGAUGAGAAGAUUCUUCAAGACAAGGUUAAAGAUGAUAAUUCAGACUCUGGUAGGAGCUCAACUGCAGAUAAUAACAGCUUGGACCUGAAUCUAUCCAUCUCAAGUUUCCUGUCCAAAACAAAGGAGCCUGGAUCUGUUUCUAUUCAGGAGACAAAGCGUCAAAAGAAGACAUUGAAAAAGACACGCAAAUUCAUUGUGGACGGCGUGGAAGUUAGUGUCACUACGUCAAAAAUCAUUACUGACAAUGACACUAAGAAUGAGGAAAUGAGAUUCUUGAGACGCCAGGAACUCAGGGAGUUGCGUUUGCUGCAGAAGGAAGAGCAGCGGGCUCAGCAGCAGCUCAGCAAUAAGCUACACCAGCAGAAAGAUCAAAUUUACCGCCGCUUUGAGCAGGAGACUACAAGUAAGAAGCGUCAAUAUGACCAGGAGGUAGAAAAUCUAGAAAGGCAGCAGAAGCAGACUAUCGAGAGGUUGGAACAGGAACACACCAACCGACUGCGGGAUGAGGCCAAACGCAUUAAAUCUGAACAAGACAAAGAAUUGUCCAAAUACCAAAACAUGCUGAAAAACCGGAAAAAGGAGGAGCAAGAGUUUCUCCAGAAGCAGCAGCAGGAUCUUGACAGUGCUCUUAAAAAAAUUAUCCAGCAGCACAAACAUGAGCUGGCCACCAUCGAGAGAGAGUGCCUGAACCACAAGCAGCAGCUUCUCAGAGCAAGGGAAGCAGCCAUGUGGGAGCUAGAAGAGCGUCAUCUGCAGGAGAAACACCAGCUGUUCAAGCAGCAGCUUAAAGACCAGUACUUCAUGCAGAGACACCAGCUGCUGAAAAGGCAUGAAAAGGAAAUGGAGCAAAUGCAGCGGUACAACCAGCGACUGAUUGAAGAGAUGAAGAACAAGCAAACUCAGGAACGAGCCAGACUGCCAAAGAUUCAGCGCAGUGAUGCCAAGACUCGCAUGGCCAUGUUCAAAAAAAGUCUUCGUAUUACUGGAGCAGGAAUGACACCGGAGCAGGAAAGAGAGAAGAUCAAACAGUUUGCAGUUCAAGAAGAAAAGAGACAGAAGAAUGAGCGACUUCACCAGCAUCAGAAACAUGAAAAUCAGAUGCGAGACUUACAGCUCCAGUGUGACGCCAACAUUCGAGAGCUGCAGCAGUUGCAGAAUGAGAAGUGUCAUCUGCUGAUUGAACAUGAGACACAGAAAUUGAAGGAGCUGGACGAGGAACAUAGUGUGGAACUGAAAGAAUGGAGAGAGAAGCUAAGGCCCAGAAAGAAGGCCCUAGAAGAAGAGUUUGCCAGGAAGUUGCAGGAACAGGAAAUGUUUUUUAAGAUGAGCGGAGAGUCAGAGUGCCUCAACCCUUCAGCACAAAGUCGCAUUUCCAAGUUCUACCCAAUCCCCAGCGUCCAAUCCACUGGGUUCUAGGUCAACGCUCAACAGAUAAAAUCAUGCGACCGAACCUGUGCCUUUCUUCAACUUGGGCCACCAGCGGAGGAUGUAAGAGGCUUUCCCCUCUUUGGAUACCUCUGUCUGCGCAGCUAUUUUUUCCAUUUAAUUUCCCCAUCUACCACCUAAGAGGCAUUGCAGCCUCUUAACUUUUAUUAGCUCACCUUCUCAUGGUAUUCCCAAAACAGUCCGGUGCCUGCAGAAUUAGAGGUUGUAAACAUAUGGUAUGUUUUGCUGCUCCGUUUUUUCCACUUUAGACAUUUGCAAUAAGCAAUACUAAAAAUUGAUAUCCACUCCAACAUUUUCUCAUAGGUAAAUUUUGUGGAAAUACCAUUAGAAUUUGUUUGUUUCACAUUGUAUCUGAGAAACUGCAAGUGAAAUUUCUAGCGCAACAAAUUUACCCUUUCAUUUAGCCCUACCGUUUUGAGACUCAGUAAAAGGCUGGUGCCAUUUUUAUUUUUCAUAAAGCGGGGGAGGUGUUAAUAUUAUAAUUCUUCAGCUAGAUAGACUCAUACUUUUGUAAAAGAGAAACACUGAUGUGAUGUGUAGUGUCCAAUAAAUGAUAGCACCACGUGUUUAGUAAUGAAUCAGCAUUUAUUGACUAGAAAGGCAGUCAGCAUUUUUAUUCAUUGAUGAGUAAAAAAAUAUCAUUAUUCAAGGACAAAGAUGCAUGAUUUUAUCAUUAUCAUGAUUAUGUGUACAUGUACAACUACAAGAGCAUUCAACCAUGAGCGCUGUUAUUUGUCUUUUCCUAAUGAUCGUCCACAUAAAGCAUUUCAUAAACGUAUGUCUCAACAGACUAACUCAUUAUCGUAAUGCUUUGGAAAGGCUAUUUAAGGCUACGAAAUAUUUGUUCAAACCUUGGAAGCUUUUUUUGUUGGUUUACAAAUCCUGAUUGCUAAAUUGCUUCUUAAGUAAAAGAAGUAAAAGCUGAGGUCUUUGCAUGUUUGUAUUUGUGUUUUGUUAAAUAUUUCUGUGUUCAUUUCUGAUGAAGUCUUGCAAAAUGUUGGCCUGACUGGUUUAGGCUUUCAUGAUUGAUCAACACAUUUCUUGCUAUCUUUCUAUGAAGUGUUAUUGAAGGUAUUUAAUUGUAUGUCACAAAAACAAAAAGUUUAGUGCACAUUUUUACACAGUAACAUAACUCGGGAGUACUCCUCUUCAAUAAAAGCUGCCAAGUUUGCUUCUUUUUGCUGCUACUGAGUUUUCUAAACCAACUUAAAACUGUAAUUAUAAAAUCAAGACUCAAGUAAGUAAAAUGAUGUCGUUGUGAAUUUCAAUUUCAAUAAUUCAUAUUAGAAUAAUGCAUUUUUAAACGUUUAGUUUCAGGUGGCCCUGUGUCAUGGAGAUUUGUUUUUCCUGUAAAUAAAAUUUUGUCUGUACUACAGCAUUGCUUAAUUAUUCCUG